AUGUCGUCUUUGAGCAGAGAAUUGGUGUUUCUCAUACUCCAGUUUCUGGAGGAGGAGAAAUUUAAGGAGUCUGUGCACAAGCUUGAGCAAGAGUCGGGGUUUUUCUUUAACAUGAAAUACUUUGAGGAGAAAGUCCAUGCUGGUGAAUGGGAAGAAGUUGAGAAAUACCUGUCUGGAUUUACUAAAGUCGACGAUAACAGAUACUCCAUGAAGAUAUUCUUUGAAAUCAGGAAGCAGAAGUAUCUCGAAGCUCUUGAUCG